ACAUUUUUACAUGCGCAGCUAUUCAACACAUUACCGCCCUGUGUUGUCAACAGUAGAUGCUAACCAGCGAGAAGCCAGUGCGAAAUGAUUUCCAACAAGCCAUCGUUAUCGCAGAACACGCCAGAACGGUUUCUUCGGAUUCUUGCGCCUUCAGAGUGAGGACGAAAUGACACAACAGAGUGUCCGCCGCUGGACGCCCAAACACGUGGCCAAGUGGCUGAAGGAAGAAGGCUUCUGCGACUAUGUUGACCUGCUGUGCAACAAGCACCGACUGGACGGCACCAGUCUGCUCGCCCUCAGCGAGUACGACCUCCGCUCACCACCUCUGGAGCUCAAGGUGCUGGGGGACAUCAAACGCCUGAUGGUGUCCAUCCGCAAGCUCCAGAAACAGAACAUCGAUGUGUUGGAGGAGCUCGGUCUCCCCUUUGAUGGACACUCUCCGUCAGGCUCAGGAGGAAGUUUGGACUGGUUGUGUAACGGAGACCCUGGUAGAGACUGCGACAGCACUGACACUGCUCCAGUGGGAGAGGAGUAUCACCAGUACACAAAUGGGAAGUACAAACAGCAAACAAGGCGACUGGAUCCAGAAUACUGGAAGACGGUUCUCAGCUCCGUUUAUGUGGUUUUUGUUUUCGGAUUCACCUCCUUUGUAAUGGUCAUAGUGCAUGAGAGGGUCCCUGACAUGCGCACGUACCCUCCACUGCCUGAUAUUUUCCUUGACAGUGUGCCUAGAAUACCAUGGGCCUUUGCGAUGGCUGAAGCAUGUGGAGUGAUCCUCUGUAACAUCUGGUUGCUGGUUCUGCUGCUUCAUAAACACAGGUCCAUCCUUUUGAGGCGAUUGUGCAGCCUGAUGGGCACAGUGUUCAUGCUGCGCUGUAUCACCAUGUUUGUCACCUCCCUGUCUGUGCCAGGACAGCACCUGCAGUGCUCAGGAAAGAUAUAUGGUGACAUGUGGGCCAAACUGCAGCGAGCUGUGGCCAUCUGGAGCGGUUUCGGGAUGACCUUGACAGGAGUGCACACAUGUGGAGACUACAUGUUCAGCGGGCACACUGUGGUCCUCACCAUGCUCAACUUCUUUGUCACAGAGUACACUCCAAGAAGCUGGAACUUCAUCCACACGCUGUCCUGGGUCCUGAAUCUCUUCGGCAUCUUCUUCAUCCUGGCCGCUCAUGAACACUACUCCAUCGACGUGUUCAUAGCCUUCUACAUCACCACCAGACUCUUCCUGUACUACCACACUCUAGCCAACACUCGGGCCUACCAGCAGAGUCGACGGGCUCGCAUCUGGUUCCCCAUGUUCUCCUUCUUCGAGUGCAACGUCAAUGGGCCCGUUCCUAACGAGUACUGCUGGCCCUUCUCAAGACCCGCUGUGAUGAGGAGGCUGAUCGGAUAAUGAACAGAAUUGACAGGACUGUGAGACUCACUGUAGCCUGUUUCUGUUACUUCGUCAAGUUGCCAACUGAAGCAAUGUGUGAUAUUUACAUCAACAAAGACAGCUGUUGUGGUCCUGUUAGUAUCGAGGCCUGAUGGAUGCACAGAACCAUACCUUCUCAUAUCUCAAGAUUCAUCUGUUACCCUGCCUCCCUCUCAAUGUCCUCGGCAGAUUUAACUGAGAAAGCCACUUGCAUAUUAUUUUGCUUUAUUUGAUGGUUAGAAACAGUGAUGCCUCUUUUGCAGUUGCUUAUUCACUGCCCCUUUCCUUGUAAGGGGAUGCCACUUCAUGCAGCAUGUGUUGCAUUUUUGUCAAAGGGUGUUCAGACUAAAUGCAACACAUUGUUUCCCCACAUUACUCAUGUUAACACAGCUGCUAAAGGGCAUUUGGAGCAUUUCAAAACCUGCAAACAUUCACACUCAACCAUUACAAUGCUAUGCUAAGCAAACUUAGUAAAUAGUUUGUAACAGAAAACAAGAAAAACCUACUGUGUUGUGGUCUAAAAUGUGAAAUUAUACAGCUCCAAAUGCCAACAGAUGGUAACAUUUUUUUAUUUCCACAACUUUAUUGAGAACAUUUGUCUUAGACAAAAAAAGAGGAUGUCAAUGUUGAUAGGAUUUUUAGACAAAAAUGCCAUUCCAGUUUUUUACUAAAGGUCGGUCAUUUCAGCCUGGACAGUCUUGUAAUUUAUCUGAUCCUGUUCAGCACAAUUAAGCCUCUCAGCGUGCUCUUUUGUUGCCUUUCUGUGACUGUGCCGCAAAAAUUUGAUUUGCCCAAGGCACAUCAUCAACGUUACUGGAUAGCACAUAACUGAAGGAAGCCACAUUAAUAAUUUUAAAUAACAACGGACUUUAUAAGUCACAAAAGUUUCCUGUUUCUCUGCACUCACAAUACCUGAUCAUGAUAUAGUUUGAUUGGACUCUUGGCUUAAAUUUUUGUUUGUACUUUUUUAAAGAAAAGCUCCAAGGAUCACUGUUAAAGCAAUAUGUAAAGAUCAAUAUUUCACUUUUUGCUCCUGCCUUCAUCGCAAAAUAUCUCAUCACUUUAAGAAAUAGAUCUUUUCCCACUGUGUGAAGGUAAUUUUUAUUCCUUAACCCGUGCUUUUAAUUUGGCAGUGUAAAAAAAUGAAAGUAAAGUACAGAGAUUUGUUUAUUUUGUUCACUUAGCCUGCCUUUUCCUCCCCUUGAAAUAAUUGUAAUUAUCAGCCAAAAGAUGUAAACAAAGAUUUUUUCCAGCUGUCUUAAGCAUAAUUCCAUUUGCCAAUAAUUUUGCAUUUUAUAAUAGAUUUAUCUGUAUAAAAUGUCCCAAAUCUUUCAUGUUUACUGUUAAAUAGAUGUAAAGUGCUUUUCCAUCAUCAUCAUAUUGUAAAUGACCAGACAUAGAUGAUUAUAAGUUUUCCCUGACAGCACUCAACACAAAUCUGUAGUAAUAGUUCUGCAGGACCCUUGAAUUUGUAUGUAUUUGUUUAUAUUAAUUUAUUUUAUUUUGUAAAUGUUGAUAGGUAUUUUUAUAUUUCAUACAGUGUUAUAGCAACAUGCACAUGGAGAAAUAUGUUUACAGUUGCUGGUAACUAUGUAUUUGUUUGAAACACUAUGUGCUUUCAAAGCAUUUUGUUGAUUUCAGAUUGGCCUCUUCAUUUCAUGGAGUGUAACCUGCCACUGUAGUAAAGGGAUGUUGUAAUCUACUUUUGUUACAGCAUGUUAGAAUCAUGAUUCUUCUAAACUAAGUUGACAGUUCAGGACUAAUUUGUUAAGGAGUCGUGCUGUUGUGUUCAUAUGCUCCUGCGAAGCCAUGUUACUUGUUUCAUGUCUCGUUUCCAACAUUAAAAAGGUGAAACUUAA